AUGGCGGAGAGCUCCCUCUACCGGCAGCGCCUAGAAGUCAUCGCGGAGAAGCGGCGGCUGCAGGAGGAGAUCCGUGCCGCGCGCCGAGAGCUGGAGGAGGAGAAACUCCGCGUAGAACGGCUCAAGCGGAAGUCUCUCCGAGAACGUUGGCUAAUGGACCGGGAAGCUGAAGGGCCAGAGCGGCCGGAAGACCCCACCGCAAAGGAGCCCCAGUCACCAGAAAACCUGGCUCAGGCCCGAAUCCAGAAUUUGGAAGACAGCUUGUUCACACUCCAGUCCCAGCUACAGCUAUUGCAAAGUGCAUCCACAGGUGCCCAGCACAAGCCCUCCAGCAGGCCCAGCUGGCGCAGACAGGGUCACCGUCCUCUCUCCCAGUCUACUGUUGAGGCAGGCUCUGAAGGCCAGACCGAUCUGGACAAGAGAGCCUCCCUGCCUGUGGGACCAGUGGGCAUAUCCCCAGAAUGCCCCUCUGAGUUCAGAGAGGAGGCUAUCGGGGUUCUGCCGGCCCCAAAGCAGGUCCCUGGGGAACAAGGGGCCUCCCCAGAAACCAAUGGCCCCUGCCCUGGACUCAGCCCCGGACUCAGCCCCACUCCCGAGCAGAAGCUGAGUCAGGGGUCGCUGGCAGGCCCCAGGCGGGUGAGCGAGGCCAAUGGAGGGGGCGUGGUCAAGGUGGUGUGGGAGGGCUUGAGAGUUUCGUGUGAAGACUGUGACAAGGUAGCCACCGGCCCGGAGCUGGAGGCUAAGGUGGAGGAGAUGGUGCUUGAAGCCAUAGGAAACAGGCAGGGAGUCAGCCGGCCAGAACUCCCAGCUUGGGUGAAGGAGGACAGGGGCAUAGUGGAGGUGGUCUGGGAGGGGGUGGGAGGCCGCAACUCGGAGGCCACGGCAGAGACGGGUGGGAACCUGGAGACAGCGGUACAGACCAGCUCCCCCAGGCUAUCAGACAGAUUAGAGGAAGAAGCUUCCAGAAUUGGGGAAAGUGCUCCCAGGAGCAGCCCUGAAGGAGACGGGCAAGGGGGUUCUAGAGGAGAGGAGGGGUCCUUCAUCUGGGUGGAGAGAGUGACCCUGAACGAGGAAUGGGAGGAGCUGCUGGUAGAGGGGUUGGAAGGACCCUUGGUGACUAGGAGGGAGGUAGGGGAAGAAGGUCCUUUAAGGGUCAGGAGGGGAGGAAGCGCAGAAACGUGGGAGGUGGAGAAGAGAAUAGCAGAAGAAUCUCUAGGAAGGGGGAAGAAAGGAAGUGAGGAGAAGCUGGGGGCACGGAAGGAUGGGGUGGAGACAUCCCUGGUGGUAGAGAGGAAAGGAAAUGAGUUAUUUGAGCCAGAGAGCAGAGGAGAUGAGGAAAAGCUGGGGACAGAGGGAGAAGUAGAGGAGCCAUUGGGAGUAGAGAGCAACGAAGGUGAGAGACUUUUGAGGGCAGAGAAGGAAAGAAGUGAGGAAAAGAUAGGGGUGAAGAAGAAAAUAGAGGAACCCUUAGGAGGAAAGAAGGAGGGAGGUGAAGAAAAGCUACAGGCCACUGAAGAGCCAUUGAUGGCAGAGAAAAAGGGAGAUGAGGAGCCAUCAGGAGCAGAAAGAAAAGGUGAGGAAGCCUUGGAGGCAGAGAGAAAAGGUGAGGAGCCAUCAGGCUCAGAGAAAAAAGAAAGUGAGGAAGCCUUAGAGGUAGAGAGAGAGAAGACCCAAGGGGCUGAGGAAAAGCUGAGUCCAGAAGAGCAGAAAGAGUCCAGGGAAAGAACUGAAUCCCAGGCAGAGAAGGUGAGCAAGGCAGGGAUUCUUUUUGGCGAUAAUGAGGAGCUAAGACCAGAGGAGGAAGGACUGCAGCUCCAGGACAAGCAAGAAGGCUCCCUGGAGGAGGAAGCAGUGAAGCCCCAAACCACUGUUGAGGGCCAGGGCCCCUCGGGGGAUGCCACAUCCCUCUUGGCACACACCCCAGCCCCAGAGCAGCCUGCCGAGUGCCAGCCACUGCUUCAGGGGCAGGGGCUCAGCGCCAACCCCAGUGCCCGUGCCGUGCCCACCUAUGCACCUGCCCGGCAGCCUGAGCCAUCUGUCCCCACUGAGGGUGAAGAGGUGAGCGGCCCUAAACAAAAGACGUGCCAGUGUUGUGUGGUCAUGUGAGCCCAUGUGCCUCCACCCCAUGCCCAGCCCCUCUCAUAGCUACCUCAGCAGAGGGUCCCAAGGGCAGACAGGGCACCACGGGACUGGCUGUGGCACCUGGGAGCCAGCUGGCCUGCACGUCCACCUAUGCCUGGGCUUCCGGACCCCUUGCCCACUGCCUGUGACCCUGGCCCCCUUCUGCAAUGAAGCCUUUAUACUUAUACUUGAAAAUAAAAUGUGAAAGCACUC